AGGAGCAGCGCGCCGCGUCCUGGCGCGAGAGCGCUCUGGAGCACUGCUUCGAGAGCCUGCGCCGGCACGAGCACUUCCUGGAGACCUCCUGGCACACGCUGCUGCCCUUUAAGCUGCUGUGUGCAGAGGUCGACACGGGCAUCUACGGCUCGCGCAGGCUGGACGACGUCCUGAACCCGAUGCUCCUCAACUUCGUCCAGCGCCUGCGCUCGCUGUCGCGCGCGGAGUGCGAGGCGAGCCGCGUGCGCCGCGAGCGCGAGCGGGCCGAGGAGGACGAGGAGGCCCCGGCGCCGGGUCAGCAGGCGGCCGAGGACGACGACGGCGGCUUCUCCUGCCGCGCGGCGGCCUCUCCCGAGGUCACCACGUGGGGGCGCUGGCGCAUGGUGGUGGGCGGCUACGUGGAGGACAUGCCCGUCGACGCGCUCGUCGAGAGGCUCUGGGACGGAGCUGAGCGGGGUGCGCUGGCGUCUCCAGCGCGGGCUUAAGAA